AAAUUCAUCAGUUGUUGCUGAUUUCAUGCCUACAUCCUCAUGGAACAUCUCAAGCGAAUUGGAUAAAGAUUACUUUUUGACACUUGACGAACCUAUGAAUAACAUCACCACCACCCUUGGCCAGACCGCAGAGCUGCAUUGUAAAGUCUCUGGCAAUCCUCCUCCAACUGUACGUUGGCUGAAGAACGACGCCCCAGUCGUUCAAGAGCCCAGGAGGAUUUCUUUCCGUGCAACCAGCUACGGCUCUCGACUGCGAAUAAGGAACCUUGACACUACGGAUACUGGUUACUUCCAGUGUGUUGCAACUAAUGGCAGAAAGACUGUUUCUACAACUGGCGUCCUGUUUGUAAAAUUUGGUCCCCCGCCAACAGCAAGUCCAGGAUCAUCUGACGAGUAUGAAGAGGACGGUUUUUGCCAGCCCUACAGGGGGAUCGCUUGUGCAAGAUUUAUUGGAAAUCGAACCAUAUACAUGGAGUCUUUACACAUGCAAGGUGAAAUAGAAAAUCAGAUUACAGCUGCCUUCACCAUGAUUGGCACCUCCAGUCAUUUGUCUGAUAAAUGCUCCCAGUUUGCCAUUCCGUCGCUGUGCCAUUAUGCUUUCCCCUACUGCGAUGAGACCUCGUCCGCUCCCAAGCCACGAGACCUGUGCCGGGAUGAAUGUGAAAUCCUGGAAAACGUCCUGUGUCAGACAGAGUAUAUUUUUGCAAGAUCUAAUCCCAUGAUUCUGAUGAGAUUAAAGCUGCCCAACUGUGAAGAUCUUCCCCAGCCAGAUAGCCCGGAAGCUGUAAAUUGUAUCCGCAUUGGAAUUCCAAUGGCUGAUCCUAUAAAUAAAAAUCACAAAUGCUACAACAGCACAGGCGUGGACUACCGGGGGACAGUGAGCGUGACGCGGUCGGGGCGGCAGUGCCAGCCGUGGGUGUCGCAGUACCCCCACGCGCACACCUUCACGGCCGUGCGCUACCCCGAGCUCAACGGGGGCCACUCGUACUGCCGCAACCCCGGCAGCCAGAAGGAAGCCCCGUGGUGCUUCACCUUGGACGAGAACUUCAAGUCUGAGCUUUGUGACGUCCCGGCGUGCGAUUCUAAGGAUUCCAAGGAAAAGAAUAAAAUGGAAAUCCUGUAUAUCCUGGUGCCAAGUGUUACUAUUCCCCUGGCUAUAGCCUUGCUCUUCUUCUUCAUCUGUAUCUGCCGCAACAAUCAGAAGUCAUCCUCCCCGCCAGUUCAAAGGCAGCCCAAACACGUACGAGGACAAAACGUAGAGAUGUCCAUGCUCAACGCCUAUAAACCAAAGAGCAAGGCUAAGGAGUUGCCUCUGUCGGCUGUUCGUUUCAUGGAAGAACUGGGUGAAUGCGCUUUUGGCAAAAUCUACAAGGGUCAUCUCUACCUUCCCGGCAUGGAUCACGCUCAGCUUGUUGCGAUCAAGACACUAAAAGACUUUAACAACCCCCAGCAGUGGGCCGAGUUCCAGCAAGAAGCGUCUCUUAUGGCCGAGCUCCACCACCCUAACAUCGUUUGCCUCUUAGGCGUUGUGACCCAGGAACAACCUGUCUGUAUGCUUUUUGAGUACAUGAACCAAGGAGACCUCCAUGAAUUUCUUAUCAUGCGAUCGCCGCAUUCAGAUGUUGGAUGUAGCAGCGAUGAGGAUGGAACUGUAAAAUCCAGCUUGGACCACGGGGAUUUCCUGCAUAUUGCAGUGCAGAUCGCAGCAGGCAUGGAAUACUUAUCGAGUCAUUUUUUUGUCCAUAAAGAUCUUGCGGCUCGUAACAUUUUAAUUGGAGAACAACUUCAUGUGAAAAUUUCAGACCUUGGACUCUCGAGAGAAAUCUACUCAGCAGAUUAUUACAGAGUUCAAAACAAAUCUCUUCUGCGCUUUGGACUUCAACCAUAUUAUGGAUUUAGUAAUCAAGAAGUCAUAGAGAUGAUCAGGAAAAGACAACUGCUGCCAUGCUCUGAAGACUGUCCUCCUCGAAUGUAUAGCCUGAUGACAGAGUGCUGGCAUGAUCUUCCAUCCCGGAGGCCGCGAUUUAAAGAAAUCCAUGCCAGGCUGCGCUCUUGGGAGGGGCUUUCAAGUCACACCAGUUCCACCACCCCCUCAGGCGGGAAUGCCACCACUCAAACAACUUCACUCAGUGCCAGUCCAGUUAGCAAUCUAAGUAAUCCUAGAUACCCUAACUACAUGUUUCCAGCACAAGGUAUACCACAAGGCCAAAUUGCCGGGUUCAUCGGACCACCGAUACCUCAAAAUCAGCGCUAUAUUCCAAUCAAUGGGUACCCGAUUCCGCCAGGAUACGCUGCUUUCCCAGCUGCCCACUAUCAACCGCAAGGUCCACCCCGGGUGAUUCAGCACUGUCCUCCUCCAAAGAGUCGUUCGCCAAGCAGUGCCAGUGGAUCCACCAGCACAGGGCACGUCACUAGUUUGCCAUCCUCAGGAUCCAACCAGGAAGCAAAUAUUCCUUUGCUAUCUCAUAUGUCAAUUCCUAGUCAUCCGGGGGGAAUUGGUAUAACAGUUUUUGGAAACAAAACUCAAAAACCCUACAAAAUUGACUCCAAGCAGUCUUCCCUAUUAGGAGACUCCAGCAUCCAUGGACCUAACGAAUCUAUGAUUUCAGCUGAAUUGUAAAUAAGUGAGGCCUUUGUAAAUAGAACUAUUUACAAUACAAACUAGAAAGUCGUAGAAAAGAUUUAUAUUCAAAUAUUUUAUUAAAGAUUCUUCUGGUUGUUUUAACAGACAUUGCAACAAGUAUCUUCUGUGAAGUUUAACUGCUUAACAGGACGGGCAGACUCAACCAGACAAAAAUCAUUGUGGUAUGAAUACUCGGCAUUGUGAACGGACGCAUUGUUUCUUUAAGUGCCACCAACAAUUCAAAAAGGGGAAGGGGGAUUUUUCUUCUAAUAAAAACAUUUUAUCCUAUGCUUUUUUCACAGCUUUCUAAACCUCUGAUGUGGUUUAAAUCACAGAAACGUUUUAAUACUGAAAACUUAUUUUAAUAUUUGUCUCUUUUUUUAGGAGAUGCAAAUAUUCAGAGGUCUACUGGAUGUGCAAUUUCAGUUUCAAUAGCUAGUUAAAAUGUCUGUAAAUUUUGCAGUCGAGGAUUAUGUUUCAAAUAUGUGAUCUGAGAGCUGGAUAAAUUACUUCAGGUAGGAUUCUGGUCUUCUGUUAAGUUGGGAGUCUGAGUUCAACCUCAGACCAAAAAAGUCAUUUUCUGUUACAGCAAAAUAGCUUGAGUUGUCCACUUGCAUUCUGCGAAAAUCAUCUGCUAUUGUCUGCUAAAGAUAGCUGGAGUUGUAAGAAAUUGCCUUAAAGGAAAUGAAAUUAAAAUAUUUUAAUUUCAGAACCUGAAUCAACUUAGUCAAAGUUAACAUUUCAUAAUUUUUAUGGAUAGUUAAAGCAGAAAUUUUAUAUCCUUUUGUUGCUAUGCAACUGUUUAAUGGAAAGGCUCCAAACCACAAUUUUAUAUAUGACAAUCAGUUUUCCCAGGAAUAUUUAUUGUUGCAGAUCAAUAUAUAAUUUCAGUGACUCCAGUAACCCUGAAAAAAGGGAAGCUCACAUUCCAUCAGGCAGCAAAUUCAUUGAUAGCGAUUUUUGUCUAUCAGUUCAAAUAAUGUGAAUUAGUUUUAACUUUAGAAAUAUGGCAUUUGUAUUAUUACUAAAAUUCAUUCAGGUAUAAGCAAUCUAGAUUAUUCAUUUGAAACCACUUUAAUGAUUUACACAAGUACUGUGUACAUUACAGUUUUUCACAAACUUUUUUGUACUGAAUAGUAUUUUUUGUUGUACACAGAAUGAAAACAAUCUUUGCUCAGUUGACAAUGUUGUAUAAUAUGACUUUAUUUUUAUCUUUUUGCACAAAAGUGUGAUAAUGUUUUGUACAGCAGAAGUGAAAAUACAUCUCUGCAUUUUAUAUCUUGGUCUGUUUCUUUUUAUUUUUAACCUGAUGUAGAUGUUCUUGAAAUAUAUUAUGGUGAUAUUCAGCCACUACCUUAUACAAAUAUUUUUCUUUGUUUUCACUGCAUGCAUUUAAUCACUGUAUUACUUGAUGAUUGAUUUUUUUUAAUUAUGGGCAUUUCAAUUAGGCAAGCAUGAAAAUGUAAUAACAAAGGCUAUUUUAUAAUUAAGAUAUGUGCAUUUUUGUAUUUCACGUGCCAGAGAUGAUA